UAGUUUCUUCUAGCCAGCAUAGGCACGGAUACAUUAUAUACUAGGUUCAGGUUUACGAUCAGGCGUGGCACUGUGCGCUAGUGCUCUUAGACCAGCGAAUGUAAGUCGAGAUGGCAGCAGAAUGGCUCUGGCUGGAACCGUCGUGGCAGGACGGUAGUAGCGGGUGGGGCAGCGGAGGAGGAAGCAGCAGAAGCAGCAACGAAGGGACCAGGGACUGCUGCUGCCAGCCGUCUGACCACACCGACUCGACCAGUGAACCCAAGGAGGUGACCGUCGUCAAGACGCGGUUCGGGCCCAUUCACGUGACGAUAGUUGGCGACAGGAGCAAGCUACCGCUUAUCACGUAUCACGACAUUGGCAUCAACCACGCGCUGUGCUUCGGUCCGCUGAUGCACUGCCCCGACACGGCGCCCAUGCUCCGCCACCACUUCUGCUUCUUCCACGUCGACGCGCCCGGUCACCAGGAAGGCGCGCGGCAUCUGCGCGGAUCCGCGUCACACUACACGGCGCAGGACAUGGCGGACCAAGUAGCUGACGUCAUCAACUCGCUCGGGUUAGUGGAUGUGACGUGCAUGGGCGUCACGGCGGGCGCGUACAUCCUCACGCUGCUCGCUCUGCGCCAUCCGUGCCUCGUGCGCUCGCUCAUCCUCGUCUCGCCUCUCUGCCGCCCGCCCUCCUGGGCCGAGUGGGCCGCUUCCAAGGUGCUGGUGUCGUCGCUGUCCCUGGUGGGCGCUGCGUCCACCGUGGCGUCCGCGGCCCUCAUGCAGCGAUACGUCCCCCUCGCGCGGACCAAGCCCAAUCAACGGCCGUCCAGCCCACAGCUCACAGCCAUUCAAGAGGGAAUGCGGGGAAUGGCAGCGGACGCCAUGGUGCAGUACAUCAAAAUCAUGGGCCAGCGCAGAGACCUGACGGGGCUGCUGAGCGGCAUGCGGUGCCCGUGCCUGGUGGUGGUGGGGGAGCUCUCGCCCUUCAGGGACGACGCGCUGCACCUCCGCGCGCACCUGCCACGCGGACUCGCUGCCUGGUUCCAGGUGCCAGCGAGCGGGUCUGUGACAACGAGGGACUGCCCGCACCGGCUGUUAGACCCCCUGCACAAGUUCCUCUCCUCCUGCGGCUACUGCCUCUCCUGCCCCUCCUGCGCCCCCCCUUGCACACCCCCGGACUCCACCGCGCCCACGCCCCUCUAUGCCUCCCCCUCCCUCUCCUCCCCUUGCUCCUCCGUCUCCUCCCUCUCGUCCUCCUCCUGCUGCUGCUCCUGCCUGUGCUCCCUCUCCUCCCCCCGCACGCCCCUCGCCCCGACCUUUCGCCCCGAGGACCUGUCUCUAGCGGCCCAAGGCAGCAGGUUAAAGCCCAUCCGCACCAAGUGGGACGGCAGGGGGAUGAGCAGCAGGGGAGGUGGCGGUGAUGCGAGGGGGGGAUGCACUGGAGGGGCUGUGUGCGGUGGGGAUAGACCACAAUUCGCAUGGUGCUGACAAGAGGGGGAAUGAGAGGAGUCGAAGUCAGAAAUGGAGCAGAGACGGGGAGAACGAGAGAGCAUUCUAUGGCAAUAAUGUGGCCAGGACGAAUGUCUUGGUCACGAGAGUAGCUUGAGGGAGACUCAAGUACUGGUGGUAUCUGGAAGGCGCACGAAUAAGCAGCUCAGGGGAGGCUGCAGCACGGCAGCCAUGACACACACGGUGCUAUGCUUCCAAGAGCGUCGUGACACAUACGCGUACACAGGGGUCAGGCCGCCAUACACACUUCUCAAGUCCUAGGUUCAAGAGGAAGCAGCCAUUCUUUAUGCACGCGCUAACUGAGACCUGCUGUCUUAAGGUUUCCUCCCUGACUGGCCAUUUUGCCUCUCGUUCAUAAGAUUGGGUCAUUUCUGC